GCGACAGCCGUAAGUGAGCGGCGGCGCCCGGCCCGGCCGAGCGGUGUGGGCGGCGGCGGCGGCGGCGGCGCCAUGAGGCCGCAGCAGGCGCCCGUGUCGGGAAAGGUGUUCAUCCAGCGCGACUACAGCGGCGGGACGCGGUGUCAGUUCCAGAGCAAGUUCCCGGCUGAACUGGAGAACAGGAUUGACAGGCAGCAGUUUGAGGAGACUGUCCGGACGCUCAAUAACCUCUAUGCAGAAGCUGAAAAACUUGGGGGCCAAUCUUACCUUGAAGGGUGUCUCGCCUGCCUGACUGCCUACACCAUCUUCUUGUGCAUGGAAACACAUUAUGAAAAGGUUCUAAAGAAAAUUGCCAAGUUCAUUCAGGAACAGAACGAGAAGAUCUAUGCUCCUCAGGGCCUCCUUCUGACAGACCCCAUUGAAAGAGGACUAAGAGUUAUCGAAAUUACCAUUUAUGAAGACAGAGGUAUGACCAGUGGAAGAUAAAACUGUGGAGUCUCAGCAGAUAGCUCAACAGUGGACUUGCUGUAUCAAAGUUCCCCUACCUCCUACUUUAGAGCAUCAUUCCUCUCUCUGCUGCCAGAUCCACAGUGCCAUCUACAACAAGGACUAAUUCCUAAAACUGCUCCACGUGGGGUGACCCAGCCUGGCCAGCAUCCAUUUUGUGGCAAACUUCCCAGCAGUGACAUCACUUUGUAGGUUUUGGGGGCUAUUUUUUUGAGCAAAAGCAGAAGUGAUAAAGCUACGUGAAAGAAACAGAGCACUUCACCCAGCAGAAGCCUAGAUUUAGUCACAUAAGUGCAGUGCUGUUCCUCCCUAGUUCAUAAACACUUCUGCCCAUCAGUUGGGCUUUGCAAAGCUGCAAGUCAGAGUUGGGAAUUUUUCCAGGAAUGAGACCUUCCCUCUAGUUCAGCACUGGAGUGAGGGGAUGCAGUGCCCCCUGCCUUGGGAGAAGCAGCUCCAGGCAAGGAGCAGAUUCUGGGUGAAAUUCAAAGGGCAAAGUGUUCCUUGUUUUAACGUUGUGGUUGUUCCUGGAAGAGGCAGGAAUAGCUGGACUUGAAUACUGGUGUUUCUUUUUCUACUACUGUAUCUGUGCUGUUGUUGCAUCUGUCAAUGCUCACCAGGAGAGGGGAGUCUACUCACUCAGAAAACAGUACAAUAGUACAAUAAAAUGGAUGCUGAACCAAUAAAUACAACAAUUCCUAUCCUACUCUGAUGAAUAUGUGAAGUGUAAAACUAUUGUUUCUUUAUGGAUUUGUUAGAUAUAAUUUAUAGAGAAACCAAACCAACCCAUCCUGAUUUGACAAACUGUUGGAUAUUGUGCAAGAUGGUUUCUUGCUUCUCUCUGCUGGCACACUAUUGAAAAGCAGAACUGUGCGUUAAUUACUCUUCCCCUAUGCAUCAACAUUCCUCAGCAGUACCUGCAAAAGUAAAGUUCCUACAAACCAAA